AUGGCCUCAGUGCUUCAAAAUACCACCGUCAGUAUAGCGAAAGGCGUCGUAGACACAGCCGAGAAGACCACGUCUGCUGUCGAUGACAACCUGAAGAGAGUUUCUGAUAGCCUGGACCAGGACAAGACCACGGACACAGGAAGCAACACAGCCAAGGACGCCUCCUCUGUUGCAGCUGCCGAAGAGAAACAGGCCACCGAAAUCCUGGAAAAAGGCACACCCGAGAUCCUCCAUGUCUACUCAUAUGAUGGAGAUACCAGACUCUUGAAGGAGAAAGCCUGCAUUCCGUUUGCCAACCCAGACGACGCAGGUCUGAAGCUUUCGGACAUUCGUCAGCUACUAAUCAGCGAAAAGGCCUUGGAACCAAGGCUGCUUUCGAGUCCAUUCACCAAUCAACGCGGCGCAAAGGUCGCGGACACCACCAGUUUCAAGGCGUAUCUCCAGAUUCUCAAUGAGAAGUCGAGCGAGCUUGGGGACCGGAUUGAAGACAAUGCCGACACCUACCGGGUGUACCUCAAUUCCAAGAAAAUCAUCGAGACCGGUUAUGCCCAUGGCCUUCGCAACCAAGGGGAGAAGGUGGCGGUGGAUAAGAGUGCCGCCGAUUUCCCGGUCGCUCGACAGCCCACCAAGCCCCAGGAAGCCACUACCUUCAGUCACAAUAUCUUCUACAAUCCUGCCACGACGUUUAGUAUUGUCCAUCCAGCCGAUAUGUCGGAGAAGCAUUGGAGCGUGGUGAUGCGCAACAACUGUCUGCUCCAUGCUUACCGCGUGGUCGAUGUGGAUGGCAGCAAGUUCGUCGAGCGCGCACUCUACCCCAAAGCGGCUCAGCUUAUCUCGCGGAUGAUCAGUGCGACGGCGGAGGUGGACUCGAUUGGAGAGGCAAAGCAAUCACUCCGGAUCCCUCGCUUCCGGAUUGAUGACGACUCGUAUAUCAGACAGUUCGAAACGAAGAAAUCGGUGUCCCGAGCGAUGGCUGAAGCGUCCUUAUCUGAAACUGACGCUAAAAUGGCUAUGCAUCACUUCACUCCAGCUAAGACACGAGGGGUUUGCAGCGAAGGCGGCGCCUUUGGUUACAGUGCCAGUGCGUCUGCAAGCUACAGUGAGAGCAAAUCAUCAUCGUCGACCUCCAGUAGCACUCAAGAGAGUCGCGUAAUGACAAUCACCUACAAUUUUCCCCGAGUGGUCAUUGACUUCGAGCCGUCUGGCCUUGAUCUGAGCGAAGAAUGCAAGUUCGAUCUGGAGCGGGUCAACACAGCUGCAGCCAUCAAUGUCUUCAAGAGCAAAUACGGCCGCUUUUUUACUACCAGGGUUCAGCUGGGCGGUCGCCUCCACAACUCGGAACAGAGUAAUUCCACCGACGCCGCGGCCACCGCAAAACAGGCCAAGUCGAUGAGGGCAGCCGCGGCGCUUUCUUUCUCCUCGCCUUGGGUCCAGGCGUCGGCCAGUGCAAGCCAUAGCAACUCGUCCGACUCUAGCUCCGAGAAGAGGGAUGUGUCAGCAUACAGCACGAUCAAUUGGGAGGCUCAAGGUGGCGAUACCCUGCAGUGCAACAACCCUCCCAACUGGGCAUACACUGUCGGCUCGUUUUACAACUGGAGACCCAUCCACCAAUCCAAGAUCAUGCCGCUUGAAGAUGUCAUUUCCAUGGUGCCGGGAUAUGAAGAUACCAAGGCACGGUUUGCGGCGCUGCUGGCCGCGAAAAAGCCCGAACAGCAGACAAUCAAGUUUCGUCUAGAAUCCAUGGGAGAAAUGGUGUCUGUGUCCAGCGCAGACAAUGGGAAGACUCUUGUUGACACAAUCACUGACUCUAUCCCAGCCGAACUAGCAAGGCGGCUGUUACUCUCGUACGGCAUGGGCUUAUUUACCGCACAGACAGAAAGGCUCAAGAAACAGUUGAACAAAGCGGAAUUUGGCAAGCUGCCCGUGCAGUUCGUGGAGUUCCAACGGACAGCUCAGGCCCCAGGCCAAGACUUCUUUAUUAUCACGGAGCAAGGCGAGACUCCGAAGUACAAAAUCAAGAUUACCAUCGAGGGCAAGGAGCAAUGGCUCGGCAUCAACCCUACCAUGGUUCGCGUGGUAGAGCAGGCUCUGGUUUGGGCAGGCAGUAGCGCCGAGAAUGCGUGUUAUUUCACAUUUAUCCCGGCGGAUCUUGGUCAGACGGGUCAUUAUGUGGGAACGGAAGAUGAAUUCUACAUCUACCUCUAUGAUCGAGACAAGAACAAGAUCGGAUACGCUGGCCGUCAGGGCUUAUGGGUACUAGCGCCAGAGGAACCGAACAGUCAGGUGACCGAGGACGCCGAUAUCGAAGAGAGUGUCGUCAUCCGAAGAGCCAGAAUGCGACAUAACAUCCAAGAGACUGUGGGUACCGAUGUGUAUACUGGCGAUCUGAAAAAAGAGGCGAGCCUGUUCACGCUCAGCUACCUUUGA